AUGGCCUCACCCUACACCGGAACUGCGGGUAACCCAGAAUCCGCAGCCUGCGGGCAGCCCCGCGUGGCCAGCCGGAUCGUGGGCGGCCGGGACGCCCGGGACGGAGAGUGGCCGUGGCAGGCGAGCGUCCAGCACCGCGGGGCGCACGUGUGCGGAGGAUCGCUGGUCGCCCCUCAGUGGGUGCUGACCGCUGCGCACUGCUUCCCCAGCCUUCCCCUUUCAGUUCCACUUCCGGAGUGGCGACCUCUCCAGGGAGUGAGGGUGCCGCUGCUGGACUCGCGCGCCUGUGACCGCCUCUACCACGUGGGCAGCGACGUGCCCCGCGGAGAGCGCAUCGUGCUGCCAGGGAACGUGUGUGCGGGCUACGUGGAGGGCCGCAGGGACGCCUGCCAGGGUGACUCUGGGGGACCCCUGACCUGCUUGCAGUCUGGGCGCUGGGUCCUGGUGGGCGUGGUAAGCUGGGGCAAAGGCUGUGCCCUGCCCAACCGCCCAGGGGUCUACACCAAUGUGGCCACUUACAGCCCCUGGAUUCAGGCUCGCCUCCGCCUCUGAUGCCCUAACUGACCUUCAACCCCCGGCCCUUCAGCAGACCUGGGCGCUCCUCACCUGCCCCUCUGGCUUGUGACUGAGAGGCCUAAGACAUGCCUGCCCAUCCUGCCUCUUCUUCUGGGCCUCCCCAAGUUUGAACCUGCUAACCCAUCCCCCACACCCACCCUCCCAGGGGCUCACACUCCCUCCCUUCCCCUUCAUGCUGGCCUGGCCUCCUCACUCACUCGGGGCUGUAGCUGCCACUGGGCACCCAGAGAUGGGCACGCCAGCUGGUGCCCCGUGUGCCCUAUGUACCUGUCCCCCGCCCCCACCCCGAGGACAUUAGGAAUAGCUGAGGGUGGAGGUGAUUCCACUCCAAGGACAUUCUCUGUUGCUGGCUUUGAAAGUGGAGGGGGCCCCUGGCAAGGAAUUGGGAGUGCCAUCAGGGUCCCUGGUGGCCAGCCAGCAGGGAAACGAAGACGUCGAUCCUAGAAUCCCCUACAAUCACUGGAAUGAGUUCAGCCAACAAUCUGAAUGAAUUUGGAGGUGAAAGCUUCCCUGGAGGCCAGCCUAGUCCACUCGCUCCACCCUGAUUUCUCCACCUGAUGAGACCAUGCGCAGGGACCCUGGUGGACUACAUACUCUUGUGAUUUAAUAAACUGGUGGUGUUUAA